AUGAAAGUUAUUCUGGAGGUGGAGCUAUUUGAUGUGUGGGGACUUGAUUUCAUGGGCCCAUUUGUGAGAUCCUAUGGGAAGAAGUAUAUACUGGUGGCAGUGGACUAUGUGUCAAAUUGGGUUGAAUCAGUUGCUUUGCCUGAGAACGAUGGCAAAAGUGUUGCUGACUUUUUGAAGAAGAAUAUCUUCUCAAGGUUUGGCACACCCAGAGCUAUUAUCAGUGAUGUGGGUUCCCAUUUUUUCAACAAGGCUUUUAGUGCUCUUGUAGCCAAAUAUGGGGUUAAACAGCACAAGGUGGCAACACCUUAUCACCCGCAGACCAGUGGCCAAAUGGAGGUUUCUAAAAGAGAAAUAAAGGCGAUUCUGGCAAAAACAAUGAAUGCCAAUUGGACGGAUUGGGCACUAAAGUUAGAUGAUGCUCUAUGGGCAUAUCAGACAGCUUUCAAGACCCCUAUUGGUAUGUAUCCAUAUCAAUUGGUGUUUGGAAAGGCAUGUCAUUUGCCAAUUGUGCUUGAGCAUAAGGCACUCUGGGCUUUAAAGAAGCUGAACCUUAGUUGGAGUGAAACUGCAAACUUGAGGUUGGAUCAAAUCAAUAAGAUGGAUGAGUUUUUCUUGAGAGCAUAUGAGAGGUCUGCACUAUACAAGGAGAGGAUGAAAUUGUAUCAUGAUAAGCGUAUUGAGAAAAGAACUUACACUCCUGGUGACUUGGUGUUACUUUUCAAUUCUAGACUUCGUCUGUUUCCUGGGAAGCUGAGAGCCAAAUGGUUUGGACCUUUUAAGGUAACUCAGGUGUUCCAGUCGGGAGCUAUUGAGCUUGAAAAUGACAAGGGUGAGAGGUUCAAGGACAAUGGCCAGCGAAUCAAGGCUUACUUGGGGGUUCCAGAAAAGUGA